AUGAGCGCCUCAACUGCAGCCGACGAGUUCACCCGCAUGACCUCGGGUUCAAAAGGAGAGGGCUCCCUCCCCCAUCCCGAAGACAUUCUCGAAGGCUCAAAGGGAAAACAAACCGACUAUCCACAAUCAGACAGAGAUAGCAGCAACAGCAGUGCCGGAACAAACAGUGAUAUCGACGAUAUCGACGAUAUUGGUAAUUCAUCCGACGACUCUCACAAAAAGACAUCGUUCAAGAAAACAUACAUCCACAAAAAAGCUCCUUCUAUCGCACCCUCCGUCAGACCCACCUCGGUCAUAGACAUGCCUCAAUUCAGACUCGCCUCCUACGGAGCCGCCAAUACAGGCCCAAAGGGUGUAUUGGCGGACGCUCGAAGCUUCGAGAUCGCAAGGAGAAGAGAGAUGCAAGCCAGACAGGGUCACGCAUAUAAAGGCUCGGCUGAUAUUCCUCCUAGCGUUCAAGCCCGUCUCUUGGACGAAAGAACACGAAAUUCAGACAACUCUGAUGACGAUGAUGAGUUGAUGCAGCAAUGGAGGCAGAGAAGAAUACAAGAACUCAAAUCCGGGUCCAGUUUCAAUCGUAGAAAGGUUGCCACUGGCCGAACAUGGGGCAAGAUGGAAACGGUUGAUGCGGAUGGUUACCUAGACGCCAUAGAAAAGGUCACCGCCGACACAAUCGUUGUCGUUCUCAUCUUCGAUGAUAGAUCCUCCGAGUCGCAGUUUGUUGAAGACUGUAUGGGUACACUUGCAAGACGCCAUGUUUCUACCCGAUUUGUCAAACUUCAUUACUCCGAAGCCGAAAUGGAUCGACAAGUCGUUCCAGCCCUUUUGGCAUACAAGGCUGGAGAACUUAUCGCAAAUCUUCCCCGUCUCGUUGAUGAAGUUCCUACCGGACGAACCUUGAGUUCCGAGAGUUUGGAGACCGUUCUCAGAAAACACAACGCUUUGACAGGAGUCAAGCACGAGAACAAUAUUUCCAGCUCAUCUAUCGCUGCCUCCGCAAGCGGAUCGCGCACCUCUCUUUACAACUGGGACGACGACUGA